AUGCCGGUUCCCCGGGCUCCCAAGUCGCAAGUGACCGAAAGUCUCGUCAAGGCGAAUCAUUCGUCAGGGACAUUGGAGAGCCCAGCGGGUACGGGGUUCGAUUCGCUAGAAAUCCGACGUCGCUUCGUGAGGAAAGUCUUCACGAUCCUCUCCAUUCAGCUCUCGGUGACGACUGCCUUCAUCGCCUACUUCAGUUUGAGCGAAGCAUCGAUGCGAUGGGUCAGACAGAACCCAACCGUCCUCCUGAUUUCUAGCGGCGUUUUCAUUAUCACGUAUUUCAUAGUCUACUGCAACGAAAAAGCUCAGCGGAACUUCCCGGGCAAUUUCAUACUCCUCAUCGUGUUCACGCUCGCGAUGUCUUUCACGGCUGGCGCGCUAGCGGCCUGGAAUGGAACCGACUCGAUACUGCUGGCGUUCGGACUCUGCGCUGUUUGCUGUAUCGCGGUGACUGUCUUCCCUUUCGACACGCAAUACGAGUUCACCUCAAACGCUAGCGUGUUUUACUUCCUGGCCAUCGGAAUCACCGUGUCCGCCUCCAUCCUUCUACUCAUGAGACCACCGACACCGCAAAAGAUCUACGGCGCAUUCUGGGCCUUGGCGUUUCUAGCGUACUUGAAGUAUGAUACGAAGCGAAUUGUGGAGGGCGAGAGCGUGAAAAUUUCUCCCGACGAGCUCACUCUCGCCGUUCUCAGACUCUACGUGGACGUGACCCUCGUGUUCCUCUUCGCCACUCAGAUGCUCGUUCUCAAUCGACAUGCACCAAUUGACUCCACAGGUGGAUUCUCGUCGCAGGAGAUUCGUCAGGGCUUCGUGCGCAAAGUGUUUUCGAUACUCGCAGUUCAACUUGCGGUAACGGCAGCCAUCGUCUUUUUCUUCUGCACUCCUUCAGUGCACGCGUUUCUUCAGCUCCACCCAGGCGUACUCGUCUUGACGAACAUUCUCUUCGUCUUCUCUUACUUCAGUCUGUUCUGUUGCGCGGGACUCCGACGCAAGUACCCAUGGAACUGGAUUUUCCUAGGUGUUUUCACCCUGAGUUUGUCGUGCUCGGCGGGCGCCAUGGCGAGCCUUUACAAACUCGACUCCGUGAUGUGGACCAUGGCAACCUGCGCCAUCGUUUGUCUCUCUGCGGCGAUUUUCGCUGCGAGGACGGAUUACGAUAUCACUUCGUGUGGGGGCGUGCUAUUCUUAGCGCUCUGGUCGUUAAUCAUCGUAUCUCUGCUCGCUCUGGUCACCGGUAGCGCGAUGGUUCAGAAACUCCACGUCGCCAUGGGGACCGUGAUAUUCGUGGCGUAUCUUGCAAUGGAUGUGCAGCAGAUACUUGGCGGCAGGAAGGUGGAGAUUGAGCCAGAAGAGUACAUAUACGCCGUCAUCAUUAUCUACAUGGACGUCAUCAACCUUUUCAUGUACCUGCUCCAAAUCAUGGGGGAACGAGAUCAUUAG